AAUCAAGGCGCGACAAUUCAAGAUUGUCACCUAGUGUAUCCAUCAUUAAUUAUAGUUAUGGCACGUGUAGCAAGUCAAAAUUUGUUUGAAAUCCUUGGUGACGAUGAUGAUAUUGAGGCAAAGGUUGAAUUAUCAAAUGAUACCACACCAACCAAAAAUGAAACCGUAGUUGUUCAGAAACAUGUUGAUAGAUCUCGUGCAAGUCCAAAAGAAUCAAGACUUAGACAUGAAUAUCCUCAAUUUGGAAAUUCUGACAAUAGAUCUGCUUAUGAAAGAAAAGAUUCAGUAUUUAUAAAUCAUUAG